UUGACAGUAGUGAGUAGGGGAAGGAAUUGGCCAACAAACGGGGAACCUGUUGUUCGCAAACGAGGAAUCGGGUGCGGGGAAUGUAGACACACCGUGAACGUGAAUGCCAUCAUGAACACCAAAAGAAAUCCGCAGCAUGGGUCGAAUUCGUACAACGCAGGUAAUCCCGGUACUAUAGGAAGGGACAGUCCGUCGGCAUUGCUGGAAGUACUUGCAGAAGUUGCAUCUCAGACAUUGCACUCAGAAAAGAAACAUAUUAAUUCGAUGCUGACGUUGCAAUUUAAACCUAAAACAGCGAGUAUGAAACGAAAUACGAAAGAGUCAUGCUUUACUGUAUCUCAGCUCGCAUCCAUGCCUGUUUCGCACCUUGUUAAACAAUUUACUGUUUUUACAAGUGAUGAGCUCAAAAGACAAUAUUCUUAUGCUUGUGCAUUAAUACCUGGUUGUCACCAAAAAUAUACUAGUUUUGCUAGCGAGGAAAAGGCAAGAGCAUACAUUAAAAAUCACUUAGAGGAGCAUUUAGAACAACUAAAAGCAGAUAAAGAGACUUAUGAUACUUUUACAGCGAUAAGUGUGAAUCAUAAGAAUUUCAAGACUAAUCUACAAAAUAAGAAAAGUCGGAUGCAACAGAUAAAGAAACCUCAAGAAACGUUAAAUAAGGAAAACAAAGAUGUGAUACUGGAGAAGUCUACUAAUUAUUUGCGCAAAAUACUUUUAAACGAUAUUAAUAUUAAAGAGAACGAGAGACAGAAGUGUUUCCAAAAAUCAGAAAAUAAGGACGCGCACGAUUCUGAAUUAAAGAGUUCUGAGCAGGUAGAUAUUAAAGUUCUCGGCGAUCAUAGUUAUUCCGAACGAUUGGAUGACAAGAUGCCUAAUAGGAGAGAAACAUCUCUUAAUAGUGUCUCUAAUAAUCCAGUAGGAGAAGAAAAUAUUGUAUUGAUGGUUGUUGGUACUGAUAGUGUGCAUAUGAAAGAGUAUUCUCACGUUGACCAGAAAUUGGCUGAGAAUUGUCUAGAUCCUCAUAUCGGUUAUUCACCAGAUACAACUCAAAUCAGUAUGGACUCAAACUCAGAAGUAUCUACGACUACCAAGCCUAAAGGGAAAGCAAAGUUUAUUGGUACGAGCAAGGAGGAAAGGGAAAUGGCACUAGCAUAUAUAGAACGCAUUAAGAAGAAGGGUAAUCCUUCAGGCAAUAAUCUUCAGUGUCGCAUCUGUGACCCACCUCGCAGUUUUACAGCGCCUACAACUUUAGUGUCCCAUUAUCGGAGUCACGCUGGAAUAAAGCCUUACGAGUGUCGAAUAUGCAAAUCAGUUUUUACGAGAAGGCACAGUUUGAAAUAUCACAUGUUGAUUCAUCAAAAUCAAACGCGUUUUACAUGCACGGAUUGUGGAAAGAAGUUCAGGCACCCAUCUCACUUUAGAGAACAUCAACGUAGGCACACUGGAGAAGCACCGUUCGGAUGUGAUGAUUGUGGGCAACGGUUCAAAACCAGAAAUACUUAUAAACGUCAUUUAAAAACACGGCACAAUAAAAUCCUUACUACGUUCGGUGAAGUUUUGCAUCCUCCGGAAGAAAACUUUCAGAAGAUUCGAAUUAGUCGGAAAAGAAAGGAUUGUGCUCCGGAAGUUGUAAUAAGUGAUAGCAUCGCAUCCGAUGCAGUUGCAAAUUUUGAAAACCAUGACGAAACGCAAAUUAUUACUAGUACAAUAGAAGAGUAUGUUCUAAAAGAGGAUGAUGGUGACAGAAAUUGGGAAACAAACGAAAUAAUACAAAUUGAUAAAUUUGCGAGUUUUGAGAUUUGCUCGGAAUCUCAACUGAAUAAGACUGAUGGUAUAGAGACUGAAAUAGCUAUAGAUUGUAAAUACCCUGAUAGAGAGAAUGGCAAUGUCAAAGUGGAAUGUAUUAACGAUACAGAAGAUGGCCUGCUGCAAUUGAAAAGUCCUUUUUACAAUAAUUUAAGAGUAACUAAUAAUGAAGAUCAUAUUAUCUACCAGCAUGAUAUUGAAAAUAAAAUUUAUGAGUGUAGUAAUGAAGUAGAAAUAAAUAUUAAUAAUGAGAUAUUAAAAGAAGAAGAUGAAGCUAUAAUAAAGCAAGUAAAUACAGAUUUUUCAGAGGAGCAAGAUGAAAGCAAUUUGCAAGUGUUGCAAGAAUCUACGCACGAUUAUCAUAAGAAAAUAUGCGACAGUGACACGCAAGGAGGAAAUAGCUAUUUAGAAACAGAAGCAACAAGUUCUAAUGAAAAUUAUCAAAAACAUGAAAAAUAUAAUGUUACAGAACUGCAAAACGAUGUCACGAGUGAACAAUCUAUCAAGUGUGCUAAUGAUUUUGAUAUUGAAAAUAUAGAACAUCCGGGAAAUAACAUUUUCUGUGCGCAGAUUAUAUUCGCGAAUAUUAAUAUUUUGCAAACUUCCAGUGAAGUUAGCGAAGAAAUUAUUCCAAAAAAUCAAAAUAACAUAUUGGAAGAAGGCGAGUGUAUAAGUCAGUCUGUUGCGACUGAUGUGGUAGAAAUCUUAAAUGUUUCUUCGAAGGAUUCUGUUGAGGCAAAUCUGGAACCUGAUCAACGACAAAGUCACCAGUAUUUAUACGUCCGUUCCGAACAGUUAAGUAAAUUAAUCGCUCAGAAUAAAUACGUAACCAUACCGGUACAUCAGUUUAAGAUGUGUCGCGAUCACGGGUUGCAGGCAAAGGUGGACAACCACAAAUCGAUAUAUAUCAUAAAUGAGGAUAUACGAACAAUUCUAAAGCAAUCUGAAAAGCAAAAUACGAUUUUGGUUUUAUCUAGUGAUAGCUGCAAAAACAGCAUUUUUCAAAUUGAUAAAAAUAGUAUUAUUGUCAAAGCUCUAAAGAGAUAGAUGUGCAAAGUAAUAAUAUUUGUAUAAUAAGAUAUGUAAAGUUUAAUGUUGAUCACGUUCAAAAUAUAUUUUGUAACAUAGCAAUUGCGCUAAUGGACACAAUCGAUCGAUUGAAAUACAUAUGCAAUAAUCGUUGUAACAUAUAAUCGUGGAGGAGAGGAAUAACACAAUAUAACGCUACAUUUUCUUGAUUGUAUAAGUAUUUAGGAAACAAAACCGAAUAGAUGUAAUCGUGGUUUUUAUUUUUAUUACGAGAUAUAAUUAACUUAAGGAAAAAGAAGCAACGGAUUAAUGAAGAUAUCCUUGGCGAUUUGAUAGAUGAUAUAUCGUAUUAUUAUUGUGAGCAAAUUAAUAGCGCUGGCAUUUAUUUGUUUUACAAUGUAAGAAAUUAUUUUUAUAUGUUUAAAAACAUAUUAUUAUGAAAUAUGGUUAUCACAGUUUAUAUUGAUUGCAAUAUUUACCUGCAUUUAUUAAUUUUAACUCUAACACCAAACUGAUUCAGAAUUCAAAAUGUUAUUCUUGAUAUACACUGAGAAUAAAUUUAGACAGUUUAAUUAGUAUCACACCUAUUUUAUUAGAUGUGCUACUAAUUAACAAUCAUCAAAAAUAAUGAAAUUAUGAUAAAGUGCCAAAUAUAUAAGAACGUAUAUUACAUACUAUAACUAUAUAAUCAUAAAUAUAAUUUCAUAUAAAAUUUUUUUUUUCUAAGAUUGUAGAAAGCGUUAUAACGAUGCUAUAUGAUUUAUUUUUAUAACAAUUCUAUUGAAGUUUUUUAAUGUUCAUCUCUACGUUCAUCUAUCUUGGGUCAUUAUUUUAGAAGAUUACAUGAAAUAAUUAAUUUGUGAUUUAUAUGAUAUUUUAUAAUAUCUGAAUCAAAUUAUAAAUAAUAUAAAUCGUUGUACGAUGCGAUUUAAGAAUUAAGAGUUUAUUUGUUUAAAUAGAUUUCUGCACGAAUGUGUAAUGCGCACUGUAGCGCACAUUGAGUGUCAUGAAUUUCCACAUUUCUUAUUGACAAUGAUCUUUUUGGUCGAUGUAUUUUUUAAAAAAAGAAAUCAAGAAAUCCAUCGCAGUAAGUUAUUAAAUUACAAAUAAUAGAGAAGCUAUUCAUUAAGUAUCAAUAAUUGUUUAUCUACACAUUAAAUGCAAAAUAAUAAUUUUCCAUUUCAUUUCUAAAUUUUUAAUUUUUUUAUAUCAAGUAAUAUUUAUUGUAUUCAUCUAAAAAGUUAUAUAAAAAUAUACGUCUGGGAAGCAUCUUAUAUAAAAUUUAUGUCUGGGAAGUUCCGAGAUUUGAUUGCACAAUCCAAUUGGGAAUACAGAUAUUUCAUUUUUAUAAGAGUAAAAUACAGCUAAUUAGACACUGUGCAUCAUAUAGCUUAACUAAAAUAAUGUGAAUAAAAUAACAUUUAUAGGAUUGAUAAAGACCUCUUUGUAAUGGCAUUUUAUACAUAGUUUGCCAAUGAAGAAGCAGCUCUAAAAAUAUAAUAUUUGAAUUCAGAAGUUAAUAGGUUCACCAUCACUGCAGCGACUUAAAAGCAGUCUUUUGCAGUAUCAGUAGUCCCUUGUUUCGUACCUGCAGCUUUUAUAGUUUCAUCAGCAGCUUUAGAUAUUUUAGGAAAGGGCACUGCAUAAAGCUUAUAGUUAAACCCCUUCUCUUUUGAGAAUACUGAUUUCGGAUUACAGAACGGAAGAAAGUCGUUACUAGAAGACAAUUCUAGAAUCCAUUUUAAUUGCUCUGCAUUAGCCUCAGUAUUUGUUGAAACUCUAGCUUUCUCUCUUUUAUUCAAGAUUUUGACCAACCUGGGUCUGUAAGUCUGCCUAAAUGAUACAACAUAUUUUUGAAUCGUCAAAUUGAACUCUAGUUUAUCUUCGGUUUAUCUUGGGUUCUCUACCUUCUAAAGAAAUACUUUUGACUUUUUAGUGUGGAGAUGUUGUUCGAUGAUAUAAGAAGUUGUGUAUUGCUAAGUUGAAAUAAACCUGUAAGUACAAUAAGUUCGAGACUUUCUGACUCUUGCACUAAAGUUUGUUGAACAGUCUUGUAAGAAAUCUAAUGCUUCUAAAGAGUUUGUUUCUACAAUUUUAGAUAUAGGUAUUGCAUUUAAACUUCAAGUAAGUUGUUUAAAAAACUUUGACUUGAACUUUGACGGUUUCUCUUAUAAGCCUACUUUUCAGUUUUGUAACCACAAAAUAAUAUUUGGGAUUGUUAUACAGCAUACCACACAUAUUUAUGUGCAGAAACUAGUUUAUUAUCAUCUAUAAUAAAUCGUCAAAAUUCCCAAAAAUAAAAUUGUCCUGACUUUGUCUGAAAUAAAUUUAAACUCGGAACUUUCUCAAUAUUGAGAGAAGUUGAUUCACAUUUGUUACGCAUCACAUAAGGCAGCAAAGAUAUCACAGUUCAUCUCUUCUCUCUUUCUACGUUGCAUGGAAAAAGAGAAAAGAUAAACCACGAAUCACGUGAUAUCUUUACUAUCGUAGCGUACUGCGUAUCUUAAGAUAUAACGAAGAUCAUUAAUGUAUCAAGAUGAUUAAUGUUUUUGUAGAAUGCGGUAAUAACAUGGUAAUAUGAUCGAAGUAAUUUCUUAUAUAAAAAAAGGAAAUCGAAACUAUAAAACAGAUAUCUUUCAUUCAAAGCUACACUUUUGAAAAAAUUGACUUGUUAGUCUAUUGCAAUCUGUAUAAAUUGCAAAUCUCAUAUUAUAUCACGUGUCAUCCUACACUAGCACAUGUCAUUCUAUAUCGUCGUUUUCACAAUUUCUCACACUUUCAAUAAUUCGCAAAUUUAAUUCUUUGAUAAACAUAUCAAUAACGUUAACAAAUAAUGCAUUUAUAUUUAUAUAAUCAGAUAAUUUUUAAUAUAAAAUAAGAUGUAAGAAUUUGACGAAUGAAAUUACAAUUAUACGUUUAAGAUACUAAUUAACAAAAUAGUUAUCACAUCUAUUAUACAAGUUAUCUAAAAUAUUAUUAUAGUAUAAAGUGCCUUUCUGAAAUAGUAAUAAGUUGUCAGAUUAUAUAAAAUGUCGUAAUUAAUAACAUUAAAAAUAUUUAUGGAUUUAUAAAAUCAUAACAAUAGAGGAUAAAAAACAUAAUCUUUGUAUAAUCUUCUAUAAAAUUAUGCAUCAAUUAUAUAAUCAAUCUCGAUUAUAAGAAUACAAUGUAGAACUUUAGACAAAGGAAAGAGCACGUAAUAUGCAAAUUACACAAGAAUGUUCGUUCUCGCAGAAGUUCGUGUUGUACAGUUUCGUAUCUCGAUCACGAGUAAGUAUACAUGUAUAAUAACAGCGCUUCGAAGCCGUGAGCCUAAUUCGCGCCGCAAGUUAUCGAUUAUAUAAAGAACAAUAACUUUGCUUAUAUAAUGUAUUUUUCUACGUAUAUUUUGUACUUACAAAUAAAUUUCUGAAAAUAU